UGUAGAGGGGGGAGGGGGGAGGGGGGAAGUUUUGAGGUGGGGGGGAGAGAGAGAGAGAGGGAGUAGGAUGAGAGAAGAUGGUGGAGUUGCAAAAUCAAGAUCAGGGUCGUGCGAAAUGUUGGCCAGUUUCCAGAGGGAUCUGAUGGCGGGGGCUUUGAUGGGGGGUGUGGUGCACACGAUUGUCGCCCCGAUAGAGAGGGCAAAGCUUCUAUUGCAGACCCAGGAUAGCAAUCUCGCCAUUAUCAAUGGUGGUCGUGCAAGGUACAAGGGCAUGCUUGAUUGUAUCGUCCGCACGGUCAGGGAGGAGGGCAUUCUCUCCCUGUGGAGAGGCAACGGUAGCAGCGUUCUUCGGUAUUACCCGUCCGUCGCUCUAAAUUUCUCGUUUAAGGACCUUUAUAGAAAUAUGCUGAGGAGCGGCAACUCUCAAGAUCAUCAUUCCAUCUCUAAUGCAUCUGCCAACUUCAUGGCGGGUGCUGCUGCUGGCUGUACCACAUUGGUUAUCAUCUACCCGCUUGAUAUUGCACACACUCGCCUAGCAGCUGACGUUGGAAGAACCGAGGCCCGUCAAUUCCAAGGGAUUUACCAUUUCCUGAGUACCGUAUGCAAAAAAGAUGGGAUUGGGGGGAUUUACAGAGGGCUCCCUGCUUCACUACAUGGAAUGAUUGUUCACCGGGGCGUUUACUUUGGUGGCUUUGACACAAUAAAAGAAAUUAUGUCCGAAGAAUCAAAGCCAGAGUUGAUGCUGUGGAAGCGAUGGCUGGUGGCUCAAGCAGUCACAACAUCAGCUGGAUUUUUGUCAUAUCCGCUGGAUACAGUUAGGAGGCGGAUGAUGAUGCAGUCUGGAUCUGAUGAGCCAAUGUAUCAAAGCACCCUUGACUGCUGGAGGAAAAUAUAUAGGAUGGGGGGUAUAGCUUCAUUUUACCGUGGCGCAGUAUCAAAUAUGUUUAGGGGUACUGGUGCUGCCGCCAUUCUGGUUUUGUACGAUGAGAUCAAGAAAUUUAUGGAUUGGGGAGGAUUAUAGCAGGGAAAAAAAAGUUAAAUUAGAGUGAAAGAGGCAAUGAGAGUUACAGAAACGAAAACUGUGGAAGCUUAAAUAGCUCAAUAUAGCUGGAUGCAUAUGUACAAGAUAACAUUUGUUUGCCAUGUUGGUUUUUUGAGGCUCUGGCAAUAUACGCCUUGAUUUUUUGCUUACAAAUAAAGGAGAAAAGCUCGGUUGAAAUUCACCUUUCUUAUGCUACA